GGAAACGCUCCAGCUCAGACGGGCGGCAGAAGGACUCGGCAAAGCGGCAAAGAAACAAAGUAAAACAGUUUGAAUGCUUUCGUCUCUCCUCAGGUUUGUGGAGUGGAGGAGCGGAGCCGCCGGUGCGCUCCGCGAUGUCAGCCGCUGUUUGUAAGCGGGAUGGGAGACGUGUCUCGCUGCUUUCUGUGACGGACAGUUAAUUGCUACCUGAAGAUAAUUGGACAGCACUUGCGGGGACUGUUUUGGUGCCAGCUUUGGAAAAGCUGCUGGGGCAGCCGGUGGAUGUGGCACCAUGGGGAUAAAUACAAGACUUCAAGCCAUGCUGCUGUUAAUGUGGAUCGUUCAAGGUGACACAAAGAAGGUGGAGUUCCCCAGAAAAGAGAUGGAGGUGGUACAGGGCCAGAUGGUGGUGUUGCAGGCGUGGUACAGCCCUAGCACAGACAUUUCCAAAAACUCUGUCAUUUGGUACUUCUCUGGGAACGAGUCCAAACAGGUGAUAAACUUUAGCUCAGGUGAGGUAGGGCAUGGUCAGAACGAGUUCACAAAAAGAGUGGGCUUCAGUGUGGCCAUGCCCUCGGCCAACCUCUCAAUCUACAUCAACAACACCCAGGAGUCCGACUCUGGUCGCUACAUGUGUAUUGUCAUCAUCCCUGGAGCUCCUGGCAUUUCUGGAGAGAUGAGCCUUAAUGUCAAAGUCCCUCCUUCUCCCCCAGUGUGCACCAUGACAGGGAACCCAGUGGUGAAAGGCAAUGUGACUCUGAGCUGUAAGUCGAGCCAUGGAAAGCCUGUCCCUCAGUACAAAUGGACCAAAGCUGCACCCAUGUCUGAGGUCUUCUUCUCCCCGAUGCAGAAGUGGAGAGCCUGCCCCCAGACCAUGCUUGUCCUUGGGUUCAUGGAUGAGAGACAUGGUACCCUCAGGCUGAGCAACCUCACUAAAAGCAUGUCAGGGAAGUACAUCUGCCGAGCCAGCAACACCGCCGGCGCUGACAGCUGCUCCAUUAACCUGGAGGUUUUCGCCUCUUCCAAUGCAGGUGUGAUCGCAGCAGCUACUCUGGGGUCGGUGGUGGGGCUGGUGGCCAUGGUGCUGUUUCUCAUAUUCAUACUGAGAAGGCGAAGGGAGACCGAGGAGGAGAUAGCCAACGAAAUCAAGGAGGACGCUCAGGCACCAAAGCGAGUGUCAUGGGCAAAGAGCAACACGGGCUCUGACGUUAUGUCCAAGAAUGGCACCUUAUCCUCCAUAGCAACACGCCCCCGACCACGAGACCCCCACCAGCCCAACUUCCACUAUCCGUACUCCCCGAUAUCAGUGUCAGACACAGGCUCAGUGAUCAACGCCUACCAGCUGCGGCCUGGAGAAGCAAACACCUUACAAGGUCUUCCGGGCUACAACAUCGGAGGAACGCCCUCACGUAAACACAGGCGGCCUCCGAGUGCAAACGGGGCUCCUUCGCAGGUUCUCAGGAGCCCCAAAAGAACUGAGGGGGCGCAGCCUCAGACGGCGCCUCCACUCACUGUGUCCCCAACAGUGAGCUCCUCCACUCUGACACGCAUGGGAGCCGUUGCUGUCAUGGUGCCUGCUCAAAGCCAAGCUGGCUCACUGGUGUAGCCGGAUGGGAAACAAAGGACAGAGAUCUUUCUCUAUGAAGGCCUGAUAGGUUGUGAGAGAAGAAAAAAAAAAAACAUGCUUCAUCAGCACAAACUCUUCAUUCAGUUUAUUAUUGAAACUCUGUCUCAGUAAACUGUUCAUUUCAGUUCCUUUUGUAUGCUGCAUUCAGGCUCAUUAAAGAGAAAUAUAUUUUUAUUUACACGCUUAGAAAGAAGAGAAACAGCAUCCAGCAGUGUCCUGAUUUUUAGUAGCAGCACACACUGAUACUGUAAACCAUAAACAGAUCGGUUUACUCAGUUUUACAAAUCUUGUGCAAUGUUUUGGCUACAUUUCUACAACUUCAUUGUAAAGAGAUUUUUUUCUAAUUUCAUUGUUAUUUUUCCUGGCUGUGUUAGGAUCACUUUCUCAGGCUAACUGCACUAGUUCACAGCAAAAACUCACAAUUCAGGCACUGAAAAUAGUUUCUAGGAUUUCACUUCUUUUGGCCGACAUGCACGUUCACAUCAGGGUUGUUGAUUUAACCGACUAACAGUUUUGGUGUGGUUUAAAGAGAUUGAGAAGGAUUUAAUACCUGAGGACUUUGCCUGUUAUGGUAGCUGGAAUGUAACCAAAGUAGUUAAUAUAACGGUGUUAAGGUUGAUGGCUUUUGACUAUUUUGUUUAAACUUGAUUACUGCAAACAUACGAGGAC